AGCUACGUGAGUCUUAAGAUACCAAGAUACAGUUUAUUGUUAUAGUUUAUAGGAUAGAAAUAUGUCGAUUUCCCCCGACUUCCAAAGUGGCUUGCUCUCGAUAUACAUUUAAAACUCGAUUUGACGCGAAGUGUCACAUUUUAGCUGGGACUGUUCAGCGCUCGAAAGGCUCGCGAGCCUCGCAAAGUCUUCCGUUUGGCGUUUGCGCGUAAACGCGAUUGCUAUCCGGUACGUCAGUCUUCAAUCGUGACUUUGCAACCACAUUACACACAAAAUGUCAAAUGAGGUCAGGAAUAUUCUACUAAAUCAACUCGCAUUCAACCGCAUAAAAAACUUCCUAGAAAAUUACGAACGACACUCAAGGCGCUUGUCGUCGUGGGCUUUGCGAGGAUCGCAAGCGCCAAGGGUCCGUAGCUUUUGAAUAUUCAUCAAUUUGGAAUAGAGCAUUGUGCUACAGUUUGAGAAUCGUUAUUCGUCAUCAAACUGACAACGCCUGUCAAAUGGUGGAUGUUGAAUGAAUUGAGUGGAUUGUUGAUGGCCAUUAGUUUGAUUUCGUGAGUCUGCAGUGGGAAUCAGUAAUAAAUACGUUUCUGCUCAAAGCGAGUUGGAUUCUACGCAGAUAUUUCGAGGAGUGCACGACGGUAUACAAAGACGAAGCAUUUAAUAAGAACCUUAAGGUGAAGCAGGGUCGACGUAAAAGCAAACAAAAACAAUUCGUUUCAUCUUGAGGGAUACACAAAGGAUCAUAAUACAUCAUGGGUUGUGAUGGAGGUACGAUUCCGAGACGUGACGAACUAGUUAGACUGAAAAAGAAACCUGAACAGAAGGACAAGGACGCUGAACGGCAGUUUCGGUGGCUGCAUUGUGCCUUAACUCAGCAAAGGCUACAACAACCAAUUGUGAUGUGUGGAUUGGGUCGUUUGUACUCCAAACAGAAUAUUAUCGAACAACUUCUUGAGAAAGACAAAAUGCCCGAGUCGUGCAGUCAUAUCAGAAGCCUGAAGGAUGUUAAGAAUUUGAAUCUAACACCAAAUCCAGCCUUUAAAGAUGAUGAAAAAUCAGAGGGUAUUUUGGAUACGCGUAGUGCUCCUUUCAUAUGCAAAUUAAUUGGUCUCGAAAUGUCUGGAAAAUUCCGUUUUGUCGCGCUCUGGACUUGCGGAUGUGUGUUUUCCGAACGGGCGUUAAAGGAAGUGAAGAGUAAUGUUUGUGCACUAUGCCAGACCCCUUUCCAAGAGCAAGAUGUGGUCAUUUUAAAUGGAACUGACGAAGAAGUUGACUUGAUGCGAGUGAAAAUGGAGGCGCGAGUAGCUCGACGAAAAGCAGCCAAAAAGGAAAAGAGCAGCACGAAAAAUAAAAGUGAUUCGGCGGAACCGUCCACCUCUAAAGCUACAAUAGAUGACACCAUUAAAGUUGACACCAACACUACUGCCCUUGGAAAGCCUGCUAAGAGUAAAGUAGUACUGCCUGCAAAACGAGUAGGCACUCUGGAAGACCCGGCAAUCAAAAAACUGAAAACGGAGUAUAGUGUGGCGAAGGAUCCGAAAGCUACUGAUGUAUAUAAAUCACUUUUCACGACACACAAAAGCGAGCAAGAACAGUCGAGAGCUCAUUGGGUCACAUAUAAUCCAUUUUAUAAUUAAUAUGUAAAUGUAACUGUUGUCAAUAAAGUUAUAAAUUAUGGCUUA